UUUUUUUUUUUCAUAUCUGGCAUCAUAGCUGUGUUGUGUUGGCCUGUGCGCUGUCCUGCGGGCUGUGUAGACAGCAAACUGGGGAGGGACGUUUCUGCACACCUCUUGAGUUUCUUCAAAGAGCUGCAGAGAGACACAGGGGAGGAGGGAGAUCACAGAGAGGGGGGAAGAGAGGCGAAAAAAAAAAAGAAAAAAAAAGCCAAUCCCAUCCUCCAGCUGGUGAGCAAGGCACUGCUGCUUGAACCCGUUUCGCUCCGCACUCAGAUGUAACCGGAUAAAAUGCUGAAGUUCUUCUCUGCGCGGGAUGACGAGAAUGAAAGCCUUCUGGGAGCGAUAACUGAGGAUGAGGGAGACAACCCGUCUCUCCAGGACACCAAGCACCACUGGCUGAACAGACCCUGCCUGCUGGUGCUCAAAGAUGGAGACGUGUCCAAACCGGGACUGGGCUGCGGCCAAAUACGCCCGGAGUCUCCCUCCAAGACGACUUCAGACGUGUCCGUCAGAGGCAGCUUUGAGCCGUGCGAGCAGAAACCAUCCGAGCAUCCUGCCAAAAGCGACUCACCCUCCCAGCUGGAGGAGGGCAGCUGCACUGUGACCACCAUCUCCACAUGGGGAGAGUCCUCCAGCCCCCUGGUGCUGAGCCCCGCCGAGGCUGCGUGGCCGGAGGAUGAGGACGGAUCGGCAGGGGAGAAGAAGAAGCAGAAGAAGAAGAAGGAGGAGCCCCAGGUUCUCCCAUCAAAGGAGGACUCUGUGGUCGAGGAGAAGGAGCUGGAGGAGAGCAGGCUGGAGCAGCAGGAGCAGUCCUGCAGCUCCGAGGCGACAGCAGCACACGACGAGAUCCAGAGCCAGUUCAAGAUGGGGAGCUCUGAUGGAGGAGAGGAGACGGCAGCCGGCGGGGAGGGAGCGACGGGAGACUGCGCAGCUUCCCCCGUGGAUCCCGACAACGAGUCGAGCCCCGUCGGGAUCCUGUCCAAGGAUCGAGGCACCGUCCUCGGCGAGGUGGCUCCGGUGUGGGUCCCUGACGCUCAGGCGCUGGUGUGCAUGAAGUGCGGGGUCAAGUUUACGUUCACCAAGAGGAGGCACCACUGCCGCGCCUGUGGGAAGGUCUUUUGUGCACUUUGCUCCAGUCUGAAAUUCAGACUCACACAUCUGGAUGGCAAAGAGGGAAGAGUUUGCAUCUCCUGCCAUUCAACCCUCAUCAAAAGGACACCUCCCAGGGGGAAAAGGAGGGUGUGGUUUGCAGAUGAGAUCCUCAGUAAGCAGUCCGAGUCCGCUCCGACCACACCGGUCAGAGCGCCCAGCUUCUCACCGCUGAUGAGACGAGCGCUGGGCGGGCCGGUUAAAAGUCCUGUGGGUUCGCCGCAGAUCAGGAGAGCCUCGCGUCCACACGGGACCAAUAUCAACGAGGCCUGCGGUCCUUACGGGUGGGGCACCACAGCUUUGGUGAGCAGCUCCGCAAACCUCAUCCCUCUGGACGGCCUGCCACCCAUCCUCACCUCCACCGGAGUCAAAGGAGAUUACACUGUGGAGGAGCAGCCAUCUGAGAUGCUGCUCAUUCAGGAGUUGGAGAGCGGCAGGCCCAAGCCCCUGGUGUUUGUCCUCAAUGCAAACCUACUCGCUAUGGUCAAACUGGUCAACUAUGUUAACAGGAAGUGUUGGUGCGUGACGACGAAGGGGAUGCACGCCGUGGGCCAGGUGGAGGUGGUGGUGCUGCUGCAGUGCCUGCCCGAGGAGAAGAGCUUCCCCAAAGACAUUUUCAGCCACUUCAUCCAGCUGUACAGGGACAGCCUCACAGGAAAGGUUGUGAAACAUCUCUCGCUGUCCUUGUUCGGCAGCCGCUUCCUGGGCACUGAGGAGCACGCAGGCUUCCUGUACAUCCGCUCCACUCUCCAGUCCCUUCAAGGUCUACCUCUGCCCAACCAGCCCUACCUCUUUGGCCUGCUGGUCCACAGAGCAGAGGUGGCCUGGGCCAAAGCCUUUCCUCUGCGUCUCAUGCUGCGACUGGGGGCCGAAUACAGAUUUUACCCGUGUCCUCUGUACAGCGUGCGUCUUAGGAAGCCCUUGUUCGGAGAAAUUGGUCACACCAUCAUGAGACUGUUAGUGGAUUUUAGGAAUUACCGGUACAGCCUACCAAUGGUGCCAGGGCUCACUGUGGAUCUAGAGGCGCAGAGGACCUGCAUAAAGAUACCAACCACCGGGUACAACGAACUGAUGAAGGCUUUGAAUAAGUCCAAUGAGCAUGUGCUGGCCAUCGGGGCGUGCUUCAAUGAGACGGCAGACUCUCACCUCAUCUGUGUGCAAGGAGAAGACGGCCAGUACCAGACCCAGGCCAUCAGCAUCCACAGUCAGCCACGCAAAGUGACUGGAUCCUGCUUUUUUAUAUUCAGCAGUGCACUGAAAGCGUCUGCGGGGUACCUUGCCAAGUCCAGUAUCGUAGAAGACUGUUUGUCAAGGCGUGUGUACAUGUUGAUGUAUGUGUGUGUGUGUGUGUGUGUGUGUGGCCGUUGGUGUCUGUUUGUGUGUUUCUCCUGUCCCCUCUCCCCAGAUGGGCUUAUGGUGCAGAUCACUGUGGAAACCAUGGCCGAGCUCCGCCGGUCACUACGGGAGAUGAAAGACUACACCGUCACCUGUGGACGGCUAGACCAGUCAGACAGCCAGGAGCUUGUCUGUGUACAGUGGGUGGAGGAGAAAUGCACUGUGAAUAAGGGAGUCAUAAGUCCCAUCGAUGGUAAAUCCAUGGAGUCCAUCAGCAGUACGAAGAUGUUCCAGAAGUCAGAAUACAAAGAGAACGGGAAGAUCAUCCGCUGGACAGAAGUAUUCUUUCUGCAGAGGGGGGAUCAUCCCAAAGGAGGACCAAGUGACUCCGCUGAACACAACCGGCUGACGGAGCGCAUCGCCCGGGCCUUCUGCCUGGCGCUGUGUCCACACCUCAAGCUGCUGAAAGAGGACGGGAUGGCUAAACUGGGGCUGCGUGUCGCUUUUGAAUCUCAAGAGGUGGGAUUUGUGGCCGGGAGCAAUGGGCAGCCCCUCCCAGCUCAGUACCUCAACGCCCUGGAUAGUGUGCUGAUCCCCGUCAUACACAGCAGAGGGCGCAAGAGGGGUGACGAGCCCAUCGUGAUGGAGCUUAUCUUUUACAUCCUGGAGAACAUCACUUAGAGCUCACACCCACGUCCCACCAUCUCAUCGUUUUAACCCUGACCACAACUCUGUCUCCAGCACUUCUCAUAAAGUGUUGCCAUCAGUUUCAGGGCAAUAAAAGCAUUCAAAGGGCAAACCAGACCACAUCCAAGGUCUGCAUCCAUCUCAUCCACUCACGAGUAGAGCGACGUGGUCUGACUCUUAGCGGUUUUCUGAUCUCACCCUGCCCGGCCUGCAGCAGACAAUCUGGGUACGCAUGAAACCUGGGAUGGACCAUCAGAUCAGGGUACUGACACUGUACAGUAUAGUAGCAACCCCAUAGCUUGAUAUCAUUCAUGUCACAAUGUUCAUUGAAUUCCCAUAUGGAGAAUACCUUUAAAGUGGAAGCUGGAUUCAGCCCCACGACCUUAAAGCAAAGAGAAAAAGAAAAUGACUUGAAGUACUGUACGUAGUAGAUCUGUAGCUAUUUGAUGCACUCGGAACGAAUGAAUGCCAAAAGAAUGUUUUCAUACUUGGAUGUAUUUUAACUGAUUGCUCAUGAAAUGUAAUGUCAGCCUGGAAUUAAACUUGCAACGACGACUGAG